AUGAAGAUCCUGGACGCCGGUACCGAAGUCCUCGACGACCACGACGUCCUGAGGUUCAUCCGCGACAAGCGCGUCCAGAUCAAGGCUGAGAAGGAGCAGUCAAAGGAAGAGGGCCGACCAAACACACACAGACCCGCCAACUUUAUGAAAUCGUUGCAAAAGCAUGAAGAACACCUCAGCGACAAAGACCGCCCAUUUCUCAACAACCCUCGAUACGACGACAACUCUCAGUACCUGAACAAGUUGAUGCAAACUCUGGGUCCAAGGGUGCAGCUCACAAAGUCCGAAUACUUGAUCCUCGCCAAUCAACGCCCAUACAGACGCGCCCACCUUGCCGCCAUGAUCGAAGACGUCGAUACUCGCUUCACUAUGGAGGAGCAGAAUUUCAUCAGAGAUACAGUAGCAGAGAUCCUAGGCUUCCCGGAGGAGGAAGGCGCAAACUUGGACUCCCAGCCUGUCCUUGUCAGGGGUUGA